GCAUGUACUACAAACAGAGCACUUCAGCACAGCAUGUACUACAAACAGAGUGCUUCAGUUAUUCAAACAAAAAGUUAAAAUAUAAAGAUAGGAACGCCUCAACAACAGCACAGAAAAGUCACGAGGAAGUUUAUUACUGACUUCAUACAAGAGAACUACUCAUACCAGAGAUUUAUAUCCUACGGCAUCUAACUGCAGUCAGACAUAAUUUGAGUCACCCUGAGAGAAGAACAUCAUGGAGACACCCUGUACCACCCUGCAGACCUACAUUGAUGCGUUUAACCCAUUAGAGUACUACAAUACAUUCUAUGCUCCAGUAGAAGGAAAGCUUACUGGAGAAUGGACAGACUUUGUGUUUCGGAAUCUUCAUGAAACCUUUUCUCCAGGUGGUGUAAGAGGAGACACAUUGAUUGAUUUUGGAUCUGGACCGACCAUCUACCAAGUCCUUACUGCUUGUGAUGUCUUUAACAACAUAAUCCUUUCUGAUUUACUUGAACAAAACCGAGCUGAACUUCAGAAAUGGUUGAGGAAGGAUCCUGAUGCUUUAGAUUGGACUCAUAUGAUCAAAUGUGUAUGCGAGCUUGAAGGGAACAGCAACCAGCUAAAGAAGAUCCAAACUACUGUGACCAGCACACAACCAAUCCCUGUGGAAGGUGCUUGUCAUAAUCUACAACCUGGUGAUGAGGUGAUGGUCAGAAAUUUCCUGAGAUCGGGCGCGCUGACAGACCGGUGGGUAGGACCUUACCAAGUCUUGUUGACAACCCCAACUGCUGUUAAGAUUAAGGAGAAGACUUCGUGGAUCCACUUCACCCACUGCAGAAAAGUCACGCCUCCUGAGACAGCACAUGUGGAAGAUAUUCUCCAAGACUCCUCUGCACUUCACCAGUAAAACUAGCAAGUGAGUGGUUCGGGCAUAAUAAUCCCUUGAGCCACUUGCCAACGCAGUAUCUCUGUGGAGGGUACAUAACUCCUAGAAGAGUACUGUGAAGAUCAAGGACAACAAAGACAAUGCUAAACAGGAUGAUGCUGAUAGGCCAAAGGCCAGACCAUGGACUAUGGGGGUGCAUUCUCUCAUGGGCAUGUCUGAUUACAAUCAUACUCAUUGUGCUUGAGUGUUGUAUAUACAUUCCAGGGUCUGUUAACAAUGUGACCAGUAAAACAGGUAAUGUAACAUUUUACAAUGAAAUGUUAUUCAAGACACGUGUGUGUAGGGCCUUACAAAAGAAUAAUUUUGGAGGAGAAUUUACAGGUAAUUCCAUGAUAGCAAUGCACAGUAAAAUUGCAAAGGCUCUCAACACAAGCAAAUGUUGGAUUUGUACCCACCUACCCAUCAGAGUAGAUGCAGGUAUACCCCUCCUGGCUCAUUACAUAAGCACAACAGACAUGAUAGACAGAGAUUGGUCCUGCCAUAAGCGAAAGAAUGGUAGUCGCAUUUGUGCCAAUAAGACACCUAAAGUACAGAAUAUAGUAGACUUCCCAUAUUUGGAUGUUUCAAACAGAGGUCUGCUGCAUUCACCUGCUCUACAAGUAACCGCAGCCACAGGGAGGCCUGAAUUUUGUUUAAAUGUCAAUUCAAAGCCAGGCAAGUACACGUUAAGUAGGAAGAAAAUUACAGUCAGGGUGAAAAGACAAAACCUGGGAUAUACUAACUGUACUGGAGCCACAUUUGUGGUUCAAAAGUCAAAUAAGUGUACACUGACAAACCUCAAACACUGUUGGCACUCAAUAGAUACAGAUGGAGUACUAACAUCUAAUGACACCCUAGACCAGUUACUGCGUGAUGGGUGUACUCUUGAUAACAGCACGUGUAGAGAUGUCAAUGGCAAUAACACCGGGUAUUUUAUGAUAUACAUAGGAAUCAUUUACACCAAAAUAUUUGGAAUGCCUCUGCCUAAGGGUAUGUAUUGGGUUUGUGGUAAAUGGGCAUAUUCAUGGAUUCCGUUAGGUGCCAAAGGACAAUGUGUGCUCUCCUAUGUAGUCCCCUUAGUGAGAGCCACUACUAAGCUGGAUCAAUACCCAAGGAAUAUCCCUGUAGAACAUGAUUUAGUGUCAAGUGACCUUACAAAUUUGAGACAACAUAGCAAAAGAGAAGUGAGGAAAGGGGAUGUAUCUUUCAGAUUUUCUGAUGGUGAACGUACGGCUGGAACUUUGUUUCCUCUGUCCACUAUCUAUCUUGUGGAAAAGGCGGUGUCCCAAACCUUAACGGUACUAGAUCAGAUGGUAGGGGAAUUGGAAGUUUCAAUCAAUCAGACAGUGGAAGAGCUGGCUCAAGUAAGAAAAGUGGCUUUACAAAAUAGGAUGGUACUGGAUCAGCUGUUGGCAGCAGAAGGGGGUACGUGUGCAGUAGUAGGACAAGAAUGUUGUACCUACAUUGAAGAUCACAGAGCUGAAAUAGGUGCUCAUCAGAGCAAGGUGGGAGAGUUGCAGCAGGAAAUGAGAAGGUUAGGUGCUAGUGGAGGUUGGGAUCCACUUGGAUGGCUAGGAGGAAGUAUUGCAAAUCUUUUCUCUGGAAUAUUGCAGUACAUUGUGUUUGUUGCCCUGAUUGUAGGAGUCAUAUAUCUUACCAUCAAGUGUGGACCAGUAGUCUGUGUACAAUGUGGUAAAGGAUUUAAGAGGUUGAAAGUGCACCAUGAAAUGACCAUUGUGGUGGUAGAUGAUGAGGUUCCACUAGAACAGGUGACUCAGGGAACUAGUCAGGGGUAGCAGGAAAGACAGGUGGUAUAUGCUGACAUGAGCAAGUCUUAUGAAAGUUUACAACUCCAGGAAGCUGAGCCCAUAUACCUGGCUUUAGAGGAGGAUCAGGCAUGUAGGGAAAGUACACAGCUUGUUAAUUUUACUUAUGAACUGGUUAACAGGGUAGAAAUUAAUCAGGAUAAGUAUGUUAGAUAUGAAAUACAAGCGAGUUUCACCUAACUGUGUCAAAACCCUCUUAGCAAACACCGGAAGGUUCCUAUAUAAAAUCAGGGAUUCCCGUCCGGUGCGGUGAGCAUUGGCGCCAGGCCCAUCCCCGUGAACCUACCUUUUGCCUAUGUUGUGCGUCUACCUAACCCUCAUUAGAAAUUGUGAAACUGAACCUUCUGAUUUGUGUAUUAGAAUGCCAAGUAUAUUGGCAGAGAGAGGUAUGGUAUGGAUAAGUGAAUACAAAAUGGAAGCUGGAUGUCAGUUUGUCUAUUGCUUAAAAGAAACUGUUGUUUUAAAUGUGAUUUUUAUAUGUUUGCAGAAACUUUGAUUUUUAGUCAAAACAAGAAGUUAAGGCCAGUGUCAUAAGGCUGCAGUUAGCUAGUGUUUUGCAAAAUAAGGAAUUGUAUUUUGAAGAAUAAAGAUAAUUGAAAGUAGGUGAAAGGUAAAAUGUAUUUUGAUAUUAAACAGUCAUAAUCACAAGAUGUUGAGCUAAUUAAUUGGAAAUCCCCCAUAAGGGGAGUAUAUGAAUUAAUAAUAUAUUCUGAUAAAUGAAUUGUGAUUGGUUUAUGUAUAUGAUUGGUCUGCAAAUUUGAUUGGAUCAUGUAACGCUGUAAAGACAAGUAUAUAAGAUGAAAUCAAUGUGUCAAUGUUGAGUUCAUGAUAUUCUUUUAUCGUGAGCCCUGUGAAUUUCACAAUGCAAUAAAUCUACCAAAGAGA